AACCCUUUUCCCGCCAUUUUCUAACAUCUUUCACCCUCUUCACACAUCUCUCUCUUUCACUCUCCAAUUUUCUCUCUCUUUCUUCUUCAAUGGUGAGGCCUAGAACCGCUGCAAAACCCUCCGCACCUGCAGAUGCCGAUCCGGAAAACGAAGAUAGCCUCGAAGUCGUCUCAAUCGGUUCACUCUACAAUGGACCAUGGGAGAAGAAGUAUUGGAGCAGUUCUAGGGGAAAAGACCGAUAUCCAUAUCCCAUUGGCUAUCAAGCUGUUAGAGCUCAUAAUGGAACCACUUAUAAGAUGGAAGUUCUUGAGGGCGUUAACGGGCCUAAAUUUUUGAUUUCUUCAGAUGAUGGGAAUUCAGCUUCUGGGAAAACUCCAGACUUUGCAUGGGCGGAAUUUCAGAAGAAAGGUUGCACUCGCACAAAGAUUUUGCAUGGGAAGAGACAUUCGGCUAAAAUGGAUGGCUUAGAGUUUUUUGGGUUCAAAAACCAGCUUAUUCUGAGGUUGCUUCGCGAACUAGUGGCAGAUAUAAAUGGAAUGGCUGAACGGAGCUUAGUAUCCUCAAACAUCAGUAAUGAGGUUUCUAAAACCGAGCAUGAUGAUUUAGUAAUUUCCCUGGAAAGAUCAUGUAUUACAGGGAAGAGAAGUAGAUGUGAGCUAAAAAAUAAAAAGUUAAAUGGCAGAUCUACACCUCUUAGGAAGAAUGAGACAGCUUUUGGUCAAAGGAGUUCUGCAAUCCAAAAUUGUUCAGAAGACAGUGACGUCGCCCACAAUCAAGUAGAUGUAUCACCUUCCCUGAAAAUAAUGUCAUCUGUUGGUAAGAGAAGCAAUUGCAUUUCAUCCCAAAACGGGCUGCCAUUGAAUCAUAAUGACAUCUCUGGCAACAAUAGGGAUAGUUGUACAGAAAUAACUGAAAACUUGUCUACAGAAAAACCUCUUCAUAGGUCACAUGACAAGGAGAUGAAAAUAUCAAGUUUGUUGGUGACAUCAGAAGAUGGCAAAGUGACGCAGUCCCGUUUUAAAGAGUCUCAGGGCUGUAUUGGCAUUGAUCUUUAUGCUCCUGAUUCACUAGAUUUACAAGAUAAUAUCUCUGAUUCUGUUCCAAGUAGUCUGGAUAAGAAUAAUGACGGUGAGCCAACAUGUGAGGCCAUCUUUGAAGAUUUGUUAAAUUCGAAACGUGAGGAAGUGCUAAAAUCUGAUUCAAAUAUAAGCCCUGAGAAAGAUUAUUUUAAUUCAGCUGGCCAAGACGUGGCAAACUCAAUGAUGUCACUUCUGCUUCCUCAAGCAGUUCCCUUACUAAGGAAUAACUCAACAGAUGAGAAGUUCUCACUUAUCCCUUCAGAUAUACUGCCUUCUAAGGAAGAACAAAAUGAAGCUGGAUGUGUUUUGGAUGUACCAUCAUCUGAUAAAAUGGUAACAGAUGAUGCAUAUGAGGAUCAAAAUGAAAAGAUACAUAAGCCAGAUGCUCACCCACGUUCAAAUUCUUCUAAUACUGAUGACAUGAAGUCUAUUGUCCUUGAUAGUUUUGAGUAUAUUCAAUGUGAGGACCUCAAGAAUUCAGAAGUUUUAUCUUUUAAAGAAAUGUGUUGUUCGAAAAGUCAAGAACAGCUUCCUGGUGAUUUGCCGAAAGGACCAUCCACAUGCUGUGCUUCAGAGGUGGACUUUAAAAACAGGCCGCAUGAUUAUGAUGUAUGUAUUCCUGAUUCUGUUCAGGAUGACAUGUCUUCUCCUGAUGUAUGUAUUCCUGAUUCUGUUCAGGAUGACAUGUCUUCUCCUGAUGUAUGUGUUCCUGAUUCUGUUCUGGAUGACAUGUCUCCUGAUGUAUGUGUUCCUGAUUCUGUUCUGGAGGACAUGUCUCCAGCACAUGAUGGUUUCAAGUCAGGGCAAAAUGACCUUCCAGCUGCUCAGGAUUUUACUGGAGGAAAGACGCAAGAUGAAGCUGUUGGUACUCAGUUACCAAAUUUCGUAUACACCAGAAGAAAGAGGCAAAAUUCUGUUACCCUCCAAAGAAAUUGUUCCGCUGUGGAGAGUACAGAAUGUGACAAGGCUGAACUAGUUACUUCUCAAAUGCAUACCGCUCGCGACACUGUCCCUCCAUCAAAAACCAUUCAAGCAAAAAAUGAUAAACUAUGCAAACCAGAUGAUUCUGGUUUAAUAUUAGAAAAACCUGAAGAUCCAAUGAUCCAAAGAAACCAGGAACUCAAGAGUAAUCUGAACGGCAAUGUAAAGUUUGUGGGGCGCUACAUGCACCCAAUGCCUGUUUCAUCAUUACUUUUAAAAACAUUUGAGGAUAAAAUCCACAUUUGUGUUUUAUGUGGCCUUCUGUCAGAUCAGCACAGAACUCUGUUUACCUACAAGGUAGCUAUCAAGGAACCAAAUUUCGGUUGCCCCUCUGCCAUGGCUCACACCCCGAUAAUGUUGCCAGAUCCAAAAUAUAACUUCAUGAGAGAAACUAUGGUGGAAAAGACUGGGGUGGAGUUGACUCCUAAUGGGCAGUAUAUUGUCUUAAUAGGCAGCAUAAAAACCCCCAAUUGCAGGGAAGGAAAAAUUGAUUGUUGUUGCUCAGCAUGUACUUCAGUCUGCACGAAGAAGAAUGGUUUGAAGAUUGUUCAUGUAGAAAGUGGUUAUGCAUCAGUUGUGGCAACACUGGAAACUGUUGAAGACGUACAUUGUAUUUUGGUUUGUGAACCUAACCGACUUGUUUCUGUUGGAGGGAGUGGGAGUAUACAAGUGUGGGUCAUGAAUUCAACAUGGAGUGAAAAGAUAGACUACUUCAUCAUUCCGUCUGUUGGUUCCAUGUCCCCUGGCAUUGUGGAAUUGAAGAGGGUCCCCCAGUGUGCUCAUUUGGUUGUAGGCCGAAACAUUUAUGGGGACUUUAGUUUAUGGGAUAUUGCAAAACUCAAUUGUGUUUCAAGCUUCUCUGCUUCAAAAUAUCCAAUUAAUGAGUUCUUUCCAAUAAGCUUGUUCCAUUUGCAAACAAAAGGCUUGGGAUUGAGUUAUGCUAGCAGAGAGGAGAAGGCUGAAAAACUUUUAGAAGCAUCCAAUCUCUGGCACUCAGAGCAAAGAGAGACCCAUGUGUAUCUACCAACCAAAGAUGUUGCGAUGUGGUUUCUUGUCUCGACUCCCUCGGACUUUGAUUGUUGCCAGGAUCAUGUUUCAACCUCAAUUCAUCAAGAUGUAAAUACAGCUAGAAGUUGGAGGCUAGCUCUUUUGAUGGAAAAUAGCAUUGUUUUUGGAAGUCCCUUGGAUCCUAGAACAACUGCUGUUGGUGUCUCUGGUGGUUAUGGAAUCUUCAGCACAAGUGAUGGCAUGGUAUAUAUGUGGGAUUUGUCUAGAGGGUCCAAGCUUGAUACUCUGCACCAUUUCCAGGAUGACAUUGGCACAAGUAUUGUUACGGAUGAUUUAAAUUCAAAUUCAAGAAGUGUUAUGGGAGUCGUUGGGGGAGGAGGCCAACUUCUGCUUUAUUUACAUCUUCGUGAUCGGGACUCAAAUGAGUAGAGGCAAUGAUAGUGUUAUUUUCUCAUCGAUUUAAGCCUUCAAGCUUGUAUAGAAAUUAUUAGAGUUACAGUUAAUGCACUUAAUGGUGGUUUAAACAUUUAAGUAUCUGAAUUCCUAAGUGUUUCAUAUACCAUUCUCAACCAAAUUCCAGGGGUUCCAAUUUCAAUGGAGCAACUAACUAUAAUUUCAAUGUAUUGCCUGUAUAUCAGCUGGCACUGUGAUCUAAUGCACGUAAUUAACUUUUAUAAUAAGUGCGAUAUAAAUUAUAAUA